UUUUAGGAUGUGUUGUGUAUUGAUAAUUGUUAAUAUUUUAAAUAGUCUUAUAAAUGUUUAAAAACAAUUAACUGGUUGACAAUGGAUGUAACUACUGCUCAUGGCUUAGUUCUUGAAGUAUUACAUCAAGCAUCGAGUCAAGAUCCCUCAAUAUUAAGACCAGCAGAAUCCAAAUUAAUGGAAUGGGAGACGGAAGCUGGCUUUUACAGCAUUUUGAACAAUAUAAUUACAAACCAUACAUUAGAUGUUAAUGUAAGAUUUAUGGCAGUAUUGUAUAUGAAGAAUGGCAUAGACAAAUAUUGGCGAAAGAACGCACCUAAUGGUAUAACAGAACCUGAGAAAUGUAGUAUUCGUCAAAAUAUAUUGCUAAAUUUUAAUGAACCUGUUAAUCAAAUUGCUAUCCAAAGAGCAGUAUUAAUAUCAAAAAUAGCAAGAAUAGAUUAUCCUAGAGAGUGGCCAGAAUUGUUUCCAUUAUUAUUAAAUGUUGUAGAGAGUAACGACAUUUUAAUUCAGCAUAGAGCUUUGCUAACAUUACAUCAUGUAGUUAAAACGGUCUCUUCAAAGAGAUUAGCAGGUGAUAGAAGGUUAUUUCAAGAACUUACCAAUCAGAUGUUUCCUUAUAUAUUAAAUUUAUGGAAUGAGUUAACUACUGCAUUUAUUCAAGGAGUAAUGCAAAAUGUGGAAGAACGUGUUAUUGAAACAAAUUUAGAAAAAGCAUUAUUGUUAUUAAGAAUAUUGAGGAAAUUGUCUGUUUUUGGUUUUCUUAAACCACACACAAAUAAAGAUUGCAUGACAUUCAUUGGGAUGAUUUUUGAAAAAGCAAAGAGUUCAUUAAUUUGCUAUAAACAGAUGAAAACUAAAGGCUCGUAUAUGAUUGAAACUUGUGAAAAGUUUAUAGUACAUCUUACAAAAGUAGUUAUAUCAAUGUUGGAUACUCAUCCAUUUUCAUUCAUUGAUUUUAUCAAGCCUUCUUUAGAAUUAUGUUUGUAUUAUCUAUUUACGGAUGAUGGUAUAACGUUCCUGUUUGAAAGAUUAGUUAUACAAUUUUUUAACAUUAUAAAGGCAAUUCUCUUAUGUGCUGAGUACAGAGCAUCGUCAAAGAAUUCAAUGGCUAAUAAAGAUUCAGAAUCCUAUAAGGCCUACCUUAUUAAGCAAGAAUGCUUUGUACCUGAUGUUAUAUCUGACGUUUGCAAGAAGUUAAUAGGACAUUACUUUAUAUUAACACAAGAUGAAUUAGGGAUGUGGGACUCUGACCCUGAAGCUUUUUCUAAUGAUGAAUCUGGUGAUAGUUGGAAGUAUAGUUUGAGGCCAAGUAUGGAUACAGUCUUUGUAACAAUAUUCCAUGAAUAUAACGAGGUUUUAACACCAGUUCUAUUGGAAAUGAUAAGGUCUACAAAUAUCAUAGUGCCUCCAGAAGAUAUGCAACAAAUACUAAAAAAAGAUGCUAUUUAUAAUGCAGCAGGAUUAUGUGCUUUUGAUUUAUAUGAUGAGGUAGAUUUUGAUCAGUGGUUUUCCAAUACUUUGGUACAAGAAUUAAAAAUCAAACAUAACAAUUAUCGAGUGAUUAGACGCCGAGUAGCUGCCUUAAUUGGACGUUGGACUGGAAUAAAAUUAUCUCGUGAAUAUCGUCCUGCCUUAUACGAGUGCAUUGUUGGAUUAUUACAACCUGACGAGGAUAUUGUAGUUAGAUUAACAGCUGCGACGGCUUUGAGGUUUGCUGUUGACGAUUUUGAGUUUAACUCUGAACAAUUUAAGCACUAUAUGUUUGCGGCAUUUGAUUUAUUAUUCGAACUGUUAAAAAAAGCCAGCGAAUGUGAUACUAAAAUGCAAGUUUUGAAUGUGAUGGCAGUUGUACUAGAAAGGAUGGGGGGAGUACUAAUGCCUCAUUCUGAUGCCUUAGUUCAAUAUUUGCCACAUUUGUGGAAUGAAUCAGAAGGCCAUUAUAUGUUAAGAGGUGCCAUUGUAGCUACUUUAGUUCAGCUUGUUAGAAGCAUGGGUGGUGUUCCAGAGGAAUUAUGUCCCUUUCUGCUUCCAAUUAUUCAACUGGGAACAGACACAAGUCAAGGAGCUAUUAUCUAUCUUCUUGAAGAUGCGUUAGACUUAUGGACAGCUGUUUUGGAAUACUCUGCAUCAAUGACUAAUGACUUAAUGCAGCUCUUUAAUAAUAUGCCAAUAUUAUUAGAUUAUUCAACAGAAAUUCUACGCACUUGCUUAUAUAUUAGUUUAGCUCAUCUUUUAUUAGCCCCAGAAUUAGUUAUGAGAAAUCAGGGCACGCAGUUAAUAACAACGUGCGCAACCUUGAUGGGAGAUUUAAAUAACGAGGGUAUUGUGAUGUUAAUGAGACUGGUAGAGACUUUUACGAGGACCAUACCUCAAUUAGGUAGCGAAACGGUAAUGCCAAUAUUACCAAAAAUAUUUAGGAGAAUAUAUGAUAAGGAAAACUAUCCCUAUUUAAUGUCGAUGUUUUUGUGUGUGAUGUCGAGGGUACUGUUAUCGUCACAUCAAGUUUUUACGAGAGCGAUAUCUGCCGUGGCACAAGAAUUAAAUGAAAAUGACCAGGCUGUUUUAAAACAACUUUUGGACCGUCUCCUAAACAAUAUGCCCAAUGUUUCACAAUUGGAUCAAAGGAAAUUGUUAGGGUUGGCAUUAGCAAACUUACUAACUACUCAGUCGCCUACCAUUCUACAGCGCUUCAGUGAUAUAAUGUCCCAUAUAUUAGAGGUUUUAAAUGAUAUUACAAAAACCGAGGAAGAUGGUUCAAUAAUGGAUUCGUUGAUUUUAAUAGACGGUCAGAGCCCUAGCGAUUUUGAUGAUGAUGGUGGUUAUUAUGACACAUAUCAUGAUAUGAGGAAGAAACAAUUAAUAUUGAACGAUCCCGUGCAUACAAUAGUUCUGAAAGAUUAUUUACAGUCUCAAGUAAACGAAUUGAGAAAUCAAAUAGGUCCUCAGUAUCAGCAGCUGAUAAAUACUUUACAUGCGGAUGAUAUGUCACAACUACAAAGUUAUAUUACUUUUUAGCAUACCCACAUUAAAUUUAGUAAUUUAUAAUAAUAUAGUAAGAUUUGUAGUACACGAUCAGAUGAAAAUAAUUUGUAAAAAACUUAUUUUGUGAUUAUUGUAUUUUCAGUUUGGUGUACAUAGUUUUUAUCUGUUUUAUUUCGAAUCCAAGUUGCCUGUUUAUAAUUAUUUGAUUGUAUUGUUAUAUGUAUACAAUAUUGUUUAAAAAUUAAAUGCUUUAAGAGAUGAAAUUAUUUAUUCACAUUUUUUUAAUUGUAAAAAUGGACGAGCUCCUUUGUUAUUAAAUUCAUUUUAAUCCCUAUUUUAAAUUAUAACAAAAUAUAACAUUAAUAUUUCAUUAAACAUUUUCUACGUAUCAAUAAUUCUUAUUGUGUCUUUUUCAGAAACUGUGAAAUAAUUUUAAGUUUUUAUGAACAUUUUGGUAAUUUUAUGUAUAAUAUUGAUUAAAUUGUAAAAGAAUUAAAUUUGUAUAUUUAUUUUAUUACAGAACAUGUAAAAUUUUAAGUUUUGACAAAUAUUAAUUUUAUUUGAAAUUGACGUACCUACCUUUUCUUCAAAUUGAUGAAAAGGGGAUACCUACCUAAUUGUAUAAUAAAAUGGUACCAAAAGUAAAA